CUGCCUCUUGUCCCUCCCCCGGCCCUUGGCCCCCUCAGUGCCGCCCCGCCUCAGCCGGGCCGGGCUGCCCCGCGCCCCCUGCGCUCACCGAGCGCCCCUCUGUGCGGGGAAACGGGGAAAAAUUUCACUGCUUUCGCUGCUGACUUCUGCAGGAGGUGCUGUUGGUACCUCUUACCGAGGGAUAGCUUCUGGUAAAAGAUUUCCUCAUCCUACUUGCUUAAGUACCCUUGCUGCCCCCUCAACACUCCCUUGCAUUAACUUACACAGUAAUUUGCUCUUCGGUGUGGUAUGGGUGAGCAGAAAGUAAUUCUCCCUUCAGAUAGUAAUGUAGGAUUGAGAGUAAGAAGAGAUGCAGUCAUAGAUCUCAAGCAAUACUAACUAACCCUGGGUGAGUGGGUCAGAGGAGAAAAAGAAUGAACGAUUAAUUGAUUAUAAGUGAGGAGAAGGAGUCACAUGUAACAGUCAUAAAAGUAGCACUUGUUUCUCCCACGUAGCAAAAAGAAGUGUAUAAAUGCAUAUAAAUAUCUAAAGAGGGGGUAUCAAGAGGAUGGAGCCAGGCUCCUCUCAGUGGUGCCAACCACAAGGACACGAGGCAAUGGGCAGAAACUGAUGCACAGGAAGUUCCACCUGAACAUGAGGAAUAACUUUACUGUGUGGAUUACUGAGCACUGAAACAGGUUGCUCAGAGAGGUUGUGGAGUCUCCCUCGUUGGAGAUAUUCAAGAACCAUCUGGACACAAUCCUGUGCCAUGUGGUCUAGGAUGACCCUGCUUGACCAGGGAGGUUGGACCAGAUGACCCACUCUGGUCCCUUCAAACCUCACCCGUUCUGUGAUUCUGUGAAGUAAGGGGGUAUUUGUAGUGGCUUUUGCUGUAAUGGGUUGGGUAAGAAGGGAGUAAAGGGAGAAUAUCCCACCUGACAGGAGCUUGGGAGGCUGAAGCAGUGCCCUCCAUGGAGGGCAGGGAAUCGCCGAAGAGCUGGAUGGAUGGAGAAAGUCACAGGGGUGACAGAUGGGGCAGAAGCUGUUCACCCUGUGGAAAGGUGUGAUUCACACUUGUACAUGGGAGAGGAGAACCAGGGCUCAUUAAAAGACAUUUUGGAAUUUAUUAGAUACAGAGUAAAAAAUGACAACUGACUUUAUUGUCAUCUUCAUGAUUGAAGAGUGAUUGAUGACAGUGUAAAUGGAACAAGGAUCUUGAACUACUGCUCAAGAGUAGUUUCUUAUUUAUGAGAGAGUCUCAAAGUAGUCUGUAUCAAUAGGAUCUUUCAGCUGUGACUAUAAAAUUAGGCUGCCAUUUAUUUUGUUUUCAGUAUUAUGUAUUGAUACUGAACUUUGGUUGGUUUUUUACAUUUUCAUGUGUAGAACUGAGCAGAUUUGCUUCCUGAAGAGGUAACAGUGAAAAUGAGGAGAAUGAGGAUGGCUCAUUUCAAUGAGCAUACACCUCAGCAGCAGAAUUAAACAAAGGACAUAAAAUAAACAGUCAAGAAUCUCUGCUUGGAUUUUAAAGUUGUGCCACUUCUUUUACCAGCAGAUGUUGCUGCAUUUAGUAGCAAUUAAUUGCAGAAGGGGUCUUGAAGGUUGUGAGUUGAUUAAAAAAGAAAAAAAAAAUCUUUAUUCUCAGUCCUAGGCCUCUGAAGCAAAGUGUCAGACUUUCUGUGGUUCAUUUUGAUGUUGUGGAGAUUUAAUUAAAGUCACAGGUAUUGGUAUAAAUGGCUUACAUAAGAGUGUCCACUUUCAAACAUCCUUCAUUUUUACUUUGACUUAGUUGAUGUGGUAGAGUGAAAAGCAUGAGAACAUGAAUCAAAAAGCAAGAAGCCUAAAAAAAAAGCAGAGAUGUAUAUGUAUAUGCUAUCUGAAAGACUCCAAAUCCUAAACUGACCUCAUGAAUUUGAGAAACUUAACGAUUUUUGAGCACUCUGCCUUUACAUGCAAAAUCCCAAGGUAGAGGAAUGCGGCUCUUCAUUAGAUGUGUACUUUGUCAUGCUAAAAUAUUUUAAGAUUGUUAAUACUUUUGUUAUCAAUAGCUUCUACACAUUUACAUGUAGAAAGUGCUAAAAUGUUUUGUUUAAACACUUAAGUACCCUUUAAGUCCUCUGUAAUGGUGUGAAAAAAAUUUUUCACAUAAUUUUGUUUACUAGUGGUAGAUGACUUUUAAAUACUUCCAUUUUUAAAAGUUGCAGGCUGCUGUGGAAUUAAAUGCUGAAAAGCUAUUAAAAAUAUGGCUGGUAAAAGCUGCAGGAAAGUGGGCGUUCUUACUCUUGAAAGUGGGCAUUUUGAGUAGUGACUUUUGAGAAAUGCAUUCCAUUUCUGAGUGGCCUAAUUUAAGGAAGCUCUGCCUCCAUUUGUACAAGAUUACAAACAGGACAAAUUACUAAGUGACCAGCCAGUACAGCUGUUAGUAAAAGUCUAGAGAGCAUAGUGCCAUUUCAAAGGAUUCAAAAUGAAAAACAUUUUGAAAAUAAAUUACGUGCCUUAAAAGAAUGCAGGAGAAGAGAUUUUAAUGGAAAUAAAAUAUUAAUGCUUUAAAGAAGCAACGGACUGCAUCGCAGAAAUAAUACAAUUUGACAGGUGAUGAUAAUAUGAUAGGGAAUUAUGCUAAUCCAUUUUAGGAAAAACAAAGGCCUACAAGGUAUGAGAAAUAUCUCUUGGCUCUCUGAUUUGCAUGUCGUAAACGAAAUGUGGUUCUGCCUUACUCUGAGUGCUGACCAUGUCGGUUCAUCUUUCUGUGUCACAGCUCCGUUUGAGUGCCCAGUUUUGCACCUUCUUCACACCAUGUUUCCACUGUAGUGCAUGAACCGGUGAUUCUGAAGAGUUCUCAGUUGUCAUGGCUCAUUCUACUAUUUAUGUGGGUUGCACUGUUCCUCAGUUACUGAGAGGUGCUAGCAGAGUUUUUCCUUCUCAUUCUGCAUUGGGAGUGUUGAGGCACUCUGCUUUUUAUUACUGCACUGUGAACGGCACAAUAAAAUCAAAAAGGAAAAUGGAUCAUCUUGAGAGGACAGCAAAUAAUUUUCGCCAGGAGGUAAUUACACAGGCAAAAGUGUGUGGAAUCACCAAUGAAUCGGAGACAGUCAAAAGACUUCGUUUGGCUAUUGCAAAUAAGGAUUUUACCUUCAAAGCAGGACAGUGGGUUGAUUUCUUUAUUCCUGGAGUGUCUGUAGUUGGGGGAUUCUCCAUAUGUUCAAGCCCUGGCCUCUUAGAACGAGAAGGAAUACUAGAGCUGGCAGUAAAGCACACUGUUCAUCCUCCUGCUCACUGGAUUCACACUGAGUGUACUCUUGACUCAGAAGUGGCUCUUCGAGUGGGAGCAGAUCUUCAUGGAUACCAAGAGGGUAAAGGAAAUGGACACAAAUUGGGAACAGUGAAGCUGUACUACAGUGCAAAAAAUACAAGUGAACUCUUAUUUAAGAAAAAUAUUCUUGAUUUGAUGAACACGUUUCCUGGAAAGAUCACAUGUUGUUUCCACGUUACCCAACAGCGUUCCCAGAUCUGUAAAGAACUUCAGCCACACGUUACAGAGGGAAGAAUAUCUGCAAAAGAUCUAGAAAAACACGUAUCUAACAAUACUUCAUGGUACAUCUGUGGUCCACCUCCGAUGAUAGAAUCUAUAUCCAAACUACUGUCUAACAUUGGUGUUCCUGGAAACUCUGUUUUCUUCGAGAAAUGGUGGUAGUGACACCUGCUGAAGAGAAAAUAUCUUAUUUUUUCAAGUGCAUUUUGAUAAGCUGCAAUGUGCAGAAUUGGACUAUGAAUUAUUUGGAAGAUUUUACUUCAUAGAUGAAGAUGUCCUCAAUUAUAACAGUGUUCCUUUUAAUUUAACUGUAAUAUACCUGUAAUGCAGUGCUGCUUCUUUGGGGGAAAGUGAUUUUAUAUUAAAGACAUUAACUGUUC